AUGGAUUUCGAGCAGAGAAUGAGAAGAUAUAAGAUCGAUUCGAUGAAAUAUGACCAACGAGUGAAUGGAGUUUCUGGCUUCAAAAUGAACGACUGGCAUCAACCAUAUUCAGCUUCAUCGCCUUCUUCUAGAAAUGGAGAGGACGAUGCUUCAUCGGUGACGCAUUCAAGACCCCCACGUCGUAGCCGAUUGGACAAGGAUCUUCCAACGGCACGAGGUCCGAUGAUUAUCCAACCAGCGCCUCAUAAUUCUCGAAAAGUUGUUAAUAAACAUGGAAUGUCUAAUGGAGGCUCCAGAACACAUAACUCGACUUUUAACGGAUACGAUAAACGAUAUUACCAUAACUCCUCUCGUGGGCCUAAUGAAAGUUUCUCUGGAAUUUACCCACGAUCUGGAAACGUUUCGGGCUAUGCUAGUGACUUUAUGAACAGUCGGAUUGGAGCUGGACUCUUACCGAACAAUAUGAACGAAUCUCUGCGAAGACCCAGAUCAUCUAUUGCUGAAAAGUACACUAAUGCUCCACGUAACGGGUUUGGAGGCUAUGAUUCCGGAGAAUCGGAGAAUAAUUCCGGAGAGUUGGAGGAUGAGGAAGGAGAGGAUGAAGAGUUGAGAACGUACAAUUUGGAGGCACGACGAGCGCAAGGUUCUAGAAGUGUCAGCAAUAUUUUGGCAGCGGAUCAUUUUGGAGAGGAAGAUGAAAAAUAUUAUUUCGGAGUUGUGAAACUUGGAUCACAAAUGGUGGAUCAUGUAUUCCGAACAAUGCCACCUCCAGAAGAAUAUUAUCGCUUCAAACCUCUUGAACGAGUCGCCUACAUCUUCUACUGUGCAGUUUAUAACAAACCAUAUAAGCGAGUUCAAGAGUUUCGAAAUAUUUUCAAUCGAGAAUACUUCAACUACGUUUGUGCUGGGGAUAGUGAGGAAACAGCUCUUUACAAGAUCUGUAAAUCCAUGCAAGACCAGCACACUCAAAAACAAAUCGAAGAAUCCCGACUGGCUUAUGAAAAAGCGCAACGAGAUGCUGCCGAGAGUGCGAAACUCGAUUUCAAUAAAGACCGAAUUAUGGACCCAGAGGACCAUAAAGUUGCCAUUUCCCAACCGGAAGAAGUUUUGAGUAAUGGACCACUUCACUAUCACACUUGUCUUCAAUUCGCCACCAUCGGAGUUGGAGGAAAGAUGGUGAUCAUCAGGCCAGCCGGAACCGUUGAUCACGUAUCUGGUCAUGUUCUCAGCACCACUAGUGUUCAUGUGGAUGACUUACGAAGUUUUCUGAAUUUUGACGAGCAGUCUGGAAAAGUUAUUGAAUCUGUGCAAAACUUCAAAGGGCCAUUGAUAGCUGGACAGACACCAACACAUUCUGUUCGCCUUUAUAUUCAACGACAAGUCGAUGCUCUGCGACAGAUGCUGAAUUCUCCAGAUGUUAAAAAAAGUGAAGUGGUAGAUGCGUUGCUGAUUUGGCAGUUAUUGGAAGUUAUGGUUCAACAGCAUGGAAGAGUCACUGGCCCGGAUAUUGCCACUUUGCUGACAAAUGCAUCGGAAGAACUAGCAGAAAAUACGGGAAUUGCUGAAGGAGGAGUGCUGGAUGCCCCACAGAAGUUAGAUGCAAAAGAGCGGUUCAAUAAGUUCCUGCUUGGGGGACAUAUCAAUGAGGCAGUGGAGAGUGCAAUUUCUGAUGGGCUCUACGCGGAUGCGAUGACUUUGAUCCGUAGACUCCAUCCGAAUGAUGCAAAGAAAAUCGAAGAAAUCGAAACACGAUUCAUGAAUCUUCGAUCUAUCGAUGAUCCAUUUGCCACACUUGUCGCUGUUGCUAACGAUCAACUGCCACCUAUUCUCACGAAUUCAGCAUUUGAUGACGACAACAACUGGAAGAGACACGCGGCGAUUGUACUCGCUAAUCUCAGCUCGGAGACAGCGAUGCUAACGAUUUAUCGUCUUGGUUUGCUUCUGGCGAGAAGAAAACGAGACUGCGCUGCUGACUUCUGUUUGCUCGUUGUCUGCAUUCUAACUGGAUACGAUUCGUUUAGUCUGCCAGCUACGUCGGCUACAGAAGGACAAGAACGAUCUAGAGAGCACAUUGGCCUGGUGCACAGUGGAUCUAGUUUGCUGAACAGAGUCGAUGGGUUAUCGGGAACGGCUGGAUUCUCAUUCACUGAUCUCCAUGCAACUGACAUCUUCGACUACGCUCUUCGUCUAGGAAACGGUAACACUGCUUCCCCACUCGCCAAAUCAGUUGACUAUCAAGUGUCUCGUAUCGAAUACGCCAAGAAGCUAGCUUCCUAUGGUGGAUUUGCGACGGACGCCUUCCGAUACUGUACUGAAGUUGCCAGAUCAUUGUGGAUGUUCAUUGGAGCAUUUGAUCAGAAUGUGUUGCUUGAUUUGUGUGAAUUGGCCGAGAGUCUUCAACACGUUGCAGCCACAACACCAGCUGAAAUCGAAUGGAUUGCUGCUAUGAGAAUGACGUUGAGUGGAGCGAUGCCAUCUGUUCAAGAGAAUCAAGAGAUACAACAACCAGAAGAAGAUCACUCUCUCGCUUCGGAAGCUCAAAAGUGGCACGACGAGCAUCAGGCUCCCAUUGAAAUAACGAAGAGAUAUGUUCCUAACCACCGUGAAGUGUCAGCUCCUCCGGGGAACUACUAUGAGCAACCACCAACACAGCAGCCGCAUGCCGCAACAGUACCUCCUCCUACAACGAAACCCGCGCUGCUGCCACCUACCAUAACGUCAUCUGAGUCUUCUUAUUUAACUACAGAGACUGGAGGAUCGAUUUCAACGGAAACUGUUGCGGUGUCUACGUCCAGAACUUCUACCAUCCCAGAGCCUACUCCAGAACCACCAAAGCCAGUGGAGCAACCUGUUCUGACACCACCACCAGUGAGGAAGUCGUUUAUUCCGGAAAUGACACCACCACCUGUUGAUAUCCCUCAACCAAUCCCUACACCUCAUCUUCCACCGAUGACCCCUCCUCCAAAAACUCAGCCACCGCCGGUAUCAGCAUCUCAGCCCAUCCCAAUGGCCACAAAAAAAAUAGAUGCUGAUAUUGCGAUGAGUCCCAGAUCGGAGUUAGAUGACUUGUGGGGUGCAGCACCUCCAUCCAUCUCUCAACCGAUGUACCAGCCAAUGCCAGUCAUUAAAACACCGCCUGCUCCGGUUCCUUCAACACCACCAGCAAUGUCAUCGGCCCCACCUCGAACCCAUGGUCAACCUUCAGUGCCGAAUACCAAGACUGCCAUUCCACCGUCACCUGAAAAACCACAACAACCACAGGAGCUUGGCAAGAUGGAGAAGAAUAAUUCUGGUUCAUGGUUUGGUUCGAUCAGAAGUAAAAUCAUCAAGUCGAUUCCAUCGGCAAAUCAGAUGAUUCUUCCGGAUGACAAGAAACCAUCGAUUGUCUGGGAUCCAGUCCAACAAAAGUAUGUUGGUACUGGCGUUGAAGAAGAAGUCGUCGCUCCACCACCACCAGUCAUGUCUGCUCCACAUCUAAUGGGAGGAGGUGCCGAUUCGAACAAGUCGAGUACGAACAGUCUCCGAAAUGCAAGAAGUGGAGUUGGCUCUCGGUAUCUGCAGUCUGGAAUGGCUACUAGUCAAGCGCCGGCCAUGGAUACUGGGAUGCCUUCGAUGAUGCCACCGACAAUGAUGCCAUUGCCAACUUCGUUUAGCUUCAUGCCAGCAGCUGCUGAUGAUGACUCUUCGGAAUAUGUGGAUCCGUUCAGUGCAGAAGCGAGUCCAACCGCAGAAGAUGGAUCAAAACAAAAUUAG